AUGGCGGGUGCGGUGCUGGGGGCUUCCAGGAAUGAGCCCGGACCGGCACAGCGGGACCGGCCCCAGGGCUCCAACCCGGCCAACCUGUUGUGUUUCUCCGCAGACCUCUUGAAAGCAGCAGCGGCUGCCCUGAUCGUCGGAGCCGUCCUGUCCGCCACCGAGCAACAUGCUGACCUCGGGACGCUGGUGUGUGACAUGGAGCCAGAGACCAUCGUGGCCUCGGACCCUGGCAUCCUGGAGAACCUGAAGCUCUGCCCAGCGCUGACGGGGGCCCAACGGGAUGCCCUCAAUGCUGUGCUCCUCGAGGGGGACACAGUAUACAGGGAUCCUUCGAGCUGGGAUUUAUGGACUCUGCAAAAUUUGGGGCCGCUUGUGCUGUCUUUGAACCAGACCACGCUGAGCUUGGUGGCCAAGGUAACGCGGGAGGCUUUCAGCAGGAGCAUCGCGGCCGCGUACGGCAGCCAGGGACGUUCCCAGCGGGAGAAGUCCCUGACCCUCCUCAGGGCCUUUGCAGCAGCAUCGGCUUCGUCUCAUCCCAGGCUGAAGCGGAGCGCAGACUGUGAGAGGAAACGCCGUCUGCCUGACGUGCCCUCCCUGCCCGCAGGCUGCCCGUUCGCGCCCAUCACGGCCAGCACCGUCUCUGACCCCCUCUUACUCAUCGGCUACGACACCAGCGAGCAGUUCGACCUCUGCCUGAGCAACGAGGUUUUGAAAGCAAACCUGGAGCCUCUGCUGGAACAGCCGCUCACCGUGGAGUACCUCCGGGUCAUGAAAAAAAAGCUGGAGCAGAUUUACCCGUCAGGGAUCCCGGAGGAGCAGCUGAAGCUGUUGGGGCCGCUGUCCCGCCAGUACACAGCAGAGGAGAUCAGCCUGUGGCUGGUGACAUCCAGCGACACGCUCUCCGCCCUGCUCGACCCCUCGCAUGGCAAGUGGGAGGCUCCCCAGGUCCGGCAGCUGCUCAGCAGGUACCUGGCCCUGGGGGGCACCUUGACCGGGCCCUUGCUUCGGAAAGUCGGUGGGAGAAACCUCUGUAAUCUGCAGGAGGAGCAGAUCAAUCAAAUAUCUCCAGAAGCAAUCAGGACUGCUGGACAAUUAAACAUUUCUUCUUGCUCUCAAACCAAGAAGGACCAACUCUACAGAAAAGCCCAGGAGGCCUUUGCUGGCCAGGCUGGCACCACCGAGGCGUAUUACUGCAGGAUUUGGCCGUACCUGGGUGGAGCUCCAGCAAAGGACCUGAAAGACUUGGCUAAAACUGGGGUUGCCAUAGACAUGGACAUGGACACCUUUCUUGCCCUAAAUCCUGAUGAACUGCAGAAACUCAGUGUCACGGAUGUGAAAAAUUUGCUUGGGGAAAACCUCCCUUACCUGAAGGAAGCUGAAAAUGAGACCUCGGUGAUGCGCUGGGUGAAGAGACAGUCCCAGCGGGAACUGGACUGUACCCUGGGAAUUGGACUGCAAGGGGGGACGGGGGACCCCGGCCCCGCCCCCACCCCAAGCGCUAUCAGCCCAACCCCCCUUAACAGCACUCCCCCACGCGCUUACACCGCUGCCCCCAGUGCUGCUGCGAGUCCUGCUGCCACCUCCACCGCCCGACCUGCUCCGACCACUGGGUCCAUCAUCCCAUGCUCCAUCCACCAGUCUGCCACUUCAAACAAGGCCACCCCCCCCGCUGUCACCCUCCUCACCACCAUCUUUGCUGCUGUCAACCCCAGUGCCACCUCUCCCAGCUCCGUCCCACCCCCUGCUCUCACACGCAGGGCCACCACCACCAGUGUUGUUACUAACCCGGCUGUUACCACCCGCAACACCAGCACCCCACUGGUGUCCAUGACCCCCCCGGCACCUGGGGGUACCGCCCACCCCGCUCCUCACCCUUGUCCCUUGUCCCCCCACAAUGCUCCCAGCACCCUUGUCCCUAACUCCACCUCUGCACCCACUGCCACUGCAGCCACAGAGAUGAACCUCCUUCCCCACAAGCCCACCCUGAUUCCCAACUCCACCGUCUCCACCCAAAAGAGUGUUGUCUCCUCAACAGCCAAGACUACAACAUUGGCUUGCAAGACCGGUGCCCCUCCAGCAUUUCUCGGCCCCUCUUCCACCACCACCAGCAGUGAGGUCCCUAAAAAAACACCCGCAGGCGUGCCAGAGCCACUGAGACCAACACCUGGCGGCUACAUCAACCUGCAACCUGAAGCUGGAUCAGGAUCCAGACUCUCCUCCUGCCUAGCGCACGUACUGACGGCAGCCGUGGGAAGCUCGCUGCUGCGAGGGCUUCUCUGA